UUAUAUCAACAAAUAAAAGCCAUUCAUCGCCAAGAAAAAAUAAAACAAAGUCUCACCAAAGAGUUCUCUAGAAUCAUAUUCAAUGGCGAUUAACAACAAGCUUCCAUUUCUUCUCCUUCUCUCCAUCAUCCUUCUCUUCCUCAACCACCCUGUGCUUGGCGACACUGAUGAAGAGGACGUUCUUUUCACAGGCAUCAACAGCUACAGAACAUCACAGAAUCUCACAAUCUUAAACAAGAACGAAAACGCAGAGUGUCUAGCCGACGAACUCGCCGAGCAGUUCAAGAACAGACCAUGUACCAACAACACUGGCUCAGCCACAGUACCUGGAACCGAACCACAGUUCGCAGAUUACCCUAAGAUUCUAACUAAAUGCCACUUAAACGUGUCCGACACAAGAGACGGUUCGAUUAUGCCCGCAUGUGUUCCUCGUUUAGAGUCGAGCCUUGUCCUCACAAACUUCACCAAGUCGCAAUACUCUAGGAGUUUGAACGAUUCCAAGUUUACAGGAAUGGGUAUUGGUAAAGAAAAUGAUUGGAUCGUUGUGGUUCUUACUACCAACACACCAGGAGGAAGCUAUUCUACAGAUACAGAUACAAAAGAUGAUCAUGAUGAUGAUGAUGAUGAUUCUAGUGGCUUCACCUUUAGUAUUGGCCUCGUUAAUUAUUUGCUAGUUCUCAUCAUGUCCUUUUGUUUCUUCCUCUGUUGAGAUAUCUAUCACAUGUUUUGAGUUUGUUUUAGUC